AUGACAGAUCCUAACUUGUGGCAAAAUAGAAAUAUGGAUAAUAAUGCUAACAAAAAUUCACCACUAAACGCUUCACAGACUAAAACGCUGAACACGUCAUCUUCGUGGAGUAAAAAGACAAAAUUUUCAGUUUCAGAACUAAUUAAUACUUCAAAAGAUGUAGAUAGAAAUUUCAAAUCGGAUCAUAACACCAAAGUUUGUGGUCCCACGAAGAUAGUAUAUAAUACAAGAAAUAAACGUUUUAGGUGUUCAAUAUGUAAUCACACAUUUUCUACACAAAGUAAUUUAUCGAAACACACAAACUGUAUACACAUGACACAAAGUUUAAAAGAAUCAAAUACACUGCGAGUUCCAAUCACCACCUCACCACCGCUUACAGUAAUAGAAAGUAAUAAACUGGCAGCUCAAGAUAAGGAAAGUCGGAGAGAAUAUGAAAGUGUUUACGGGAAUAUGAACAAAACACAAUCCUCCUUCUUGAGUAACAAAAACAGCAGUAACAGUGAUGAUAGUCACAGUAGUCAUUCUGAUCACAUAAAUCUCUCAAUGGCUGCCACAUUAACAUCAACAUCUCUACCAAAUCAUCAUUAUGGUCAUCCAUACUUUUGUCAUUUAUGCAGCAAAGUUUAUUAUUCCAUGUCUGCAUUAAAAAUGCAUGUGCGUACGCAUACAUUACCAUGUAAAUGUAAUUUAUGUGGUAAAGCAUUUUCACGUAUGUGGUUGUUGAAUGGACAUUUACGAACGCAUACAGGUGAAAAACCAUUCGCCUGUUUGAUAUGCACACGAGCAUUUGCAGACAGAUCAAAUUUAAGAGCUCAUAUGCAAACACAUUCUGAAGUGAAGCGUUAUCAAUGUACACACUGUGAUAGAACAUUUUCACGUAUGGGUCUACUAACUAAGCAUCAAACAACCUCAUGUUUACAGCAAAUGAAGAAAUCAACGAAAUCCCAAAGUAUAAACAGUAAGACAAGUGAAUAUAUAUUUGACAAUAAAAUCAUAUCCGAAUCGAAAAAGUUAGGAAGUGUUCAUUGA